AUGGAUAUUGUAAACAUUGCAUUGUUGAGAAAAUGUGUUGGCUCAACAAACAUUAUUAAAACCAUUUGUGACACUACGGGAAAACAAUUUGCAAUAGAAAUGUUUCUUGAAAGGCCAAAACAAGCAGAAAGAACCAAAUCUAUCACAAACAGCUCAGCAACUGAUCCCAAUAUAACACUGGCUAAUAGUUAUACGAAACACGAGAAACACUGGAACGAAACUUUUAACAAGUCAAUUCCCUUUCAAUUCAAAGUUACAUUCUUUCCAGAACAAGGCAAAUACUAUUGCCCUCUCAGAAACAGUUACUUUCAACUAAUGCCUGACUGUAGAAUAUCUAAUGCAAAGAGAACAUAUGAUGGGUUGCUUAAGAAAGACAAUGCAAUAUCUCAGAAUGCAGAACAGUUAUUGUCCAGGCUUUCUCAAAUGAUUCAAAUCAAUGAACAAAAAACCAAGUCGGAAGCAGAUGCUAAUGUCAAUGCACUGGUAAUUGAUAAAACAGUCAUCGAUAAUUUACUUGAUUUUGAACGAGAGCAAGGUUUCGGAAAGAAGAGAAAAACACGUGAAAAAACAACAACUUUAUCCAACAAUACACCAAUAAAUUCGGAAAUUAUGAGCCUCAAUGCAAUUGAGGAGGAAGAUGAAGAUAUCCCACGAAAAAAGAUUUUACGAAAAAAAAGGAAAUUAUUUCCACAGAGUAUCGAAUCAUUGGAGAAUAAAUUACCAGAUCAAGUUGAAAAGGUGAGGAAAGUUUUGGAUCAUCCGAAGGCUUCAGUUAAUCAAUUGGAAAGUGGAGAUAGAGCUCUUGAUGAUUUGAUUUGUUUGAUAUCUUCUCAAUUGAACGUUGCUUCACAGUUGAAACGGGAUAAUCAUCAAAGACUUGUGGAUAAAUUGAAAGAUAGACCAACAGAAGAAUCGAAUCAAAAAUCAAAAGUGGAAGACAAGUCAGAUAAUUCAAUGCCAUUGAUAAAUCUCUCCUUUGAUCAAAAUGCACAAAUACCAAUCACCACCAAUAAUACCAACAAUGGUCAUAACAUUUGGCAUGAUCUACUUGACAGCACUGAUAAAAUAGAUUCUUUAGAGUAUGAUCCAAGAUGUGACAAAAGAAAGCGAUUGCAAAUUAAUUGUGUAGUGCAAGAAGGAAAUUUGGUCCGUCCCGAAGUUUAUGAAAUUGAUGCUCCAAAAUCAUUGUCAGUCAUUACUUCAACAGAUGAUAAUGAUGAUAAGAGUGGUAGUGGCAAUCAUCAAGGAGUUAAAAAAAGGAAAAUUGAUUCCUCUGAAGAAACUAUUCCUUCUGAGUGGAAGAAACUAAAGGUUUACGAUAAGAGAAAUUUUGUUCCCAUAGAGAUUGAAUUAUUGUUGAAUCAGAAGGAUGUGUUUUUUGAAAUUAUUUCUUGGUUUGAUGUGGAGAGUAUUCUUACAAUAUUGAGAUGUGUUUGUAAAGCAUGGUAUGAUUGGAUUAUGGUUGAUUUUAAUGGUCAAUGGAAAACACGUUAUCAAAAGAUAUGCAACUUUGAAUUUUCCGCUGUUGGUCAAUUUCAGGCAUGUCAAAAGUCUUUUCUGUUUAAUAUGUUUGUUUUGGAACGUGCAAAGAAGAAACAUGCUAACUUUGAACCAUUAGUAAGGUCUGAAUAUCGGAUUAGAGAUUAUGAGUUAUAUGCAGAACCAAAUUAUGAAAAAAUCAAAAAGAUUGUCGAGCCAAGACUGUUUGUUUUAGAUAUUGAGAACGAUUCCAAUUAUAUUGCAAAGGAUAGUAUAACAAAUGUGAAAGUGACUUCAAUGCUCAAUCUUGGAGAGUAUGGUUUUGUGAAAUUUCAUCUUGACUAUUCUAAAAUGUCUCCAAAUCAUGGUGACAGCUCUGUGGAAAUGUCUGUCACUUACGAAAUGGUACUGAACUCAUUCGAUUGGCAAAAUUCAGACCUCUUACUUGAAACUUAUCGUGAGUACUCAGAUCCUAAAGUUAAAAGAAGUGACGAGCAGAUAGCACAAAUAAUGUCUUUGAUUGGACUUGAUAGGAGUGCAAUAAGAUCUUUUAUCAUGUUAGUUAGCCUGGAUGUUGGUUAUAACUAUUGCAGCGAGCUAUACGAAUAUGAUUGCACAAUUUCAAUGGCUGGUUCUUCAGAUUUUGAGCCAAAACCAACACAACAAGAAACUCCAAUUAUUCAACCAACACUAUUCAAUAUGCCAACACUUAUUCACCCAUUUGAAAUGAACCAGCUAGCUCCAUUUAUGUCAACACAAUUUGUGCAAUCUGGAGUACAGCAACCUUAUCAAGUAUAUCCACAACCUAGUGUGCAACAGUUUCAACCACUAUUACAAUAUCCACUACAACCUUUACAAGAUCAACAUCAAAUAAUUCAACCAGCACAACCUUAUCAAUUAUUUCCACAACCAAUGAUGCACCAAUUCCAACAACCUUUUAGUUUGAACAAAAAGGAACAAUAA